AUGAAACAAAAAUAUAACUUGCAUGACGAAUAUAUCAAACAGCGUUCUCCAACCUGGAGCGGAAUGGUGUUGGAACAAUUACGUCAUUGCUGUCACUCGCUGAUGAUGAUAAUGCAGAACUUUAAGGAGGGGGUGCAGUUGAUAGAUUGGAGGGGCGAAAAGAUUACUCUGGGAGAUGCCCGUCCGAUGAAGGACAUUUGCUCUGACAAAGAGGUGAUAUUGCAAUGA